UGGAAAGAAUGUCAAUGUGUCAAAUUCAACAUCAACACGAAAAAAAACUAAAAAUAAAUUGAAAGUCACAACAUUACAAAUUAUAUCAAUAUUAUAUGUUUGUAUCAGUUAGUUUUAGUUGUACAUUAGACACUACAAUAAAUUAUAGUGAGUGAUUGAAAUGGGUAACUCUAGUAUUAAGCAGCAUUAUGAAACUGCGUCGAAAACAGGUGUUUUACAAUUGUCUGAUUACAAGUUAAAAGAAAUACCAAUAGAAGCUCUGAAUUUAAGUGAUAAAUUAAGAAAUUUAGAUUUAUCGAAGAACAAAUUGUCAUCUUUACCUAAUGACAUAUGUAAAUUCAAGCUGUUGAAGCAGCUAAAUCUAGACACAAAUAGAAUAGAGACCAUUCCAGAUUCUUUAGGCAAUAUGAAGAAGCUUGAGAUGUUUAAUAUGUCUAAUAACUUAAUAACAUUCCUGCCAGAGUCUUUUGCUAAGCUGAGUAACUUGAAGCAAGUGUAUUUGAGUAAUAACAAACUAAAAGAGUUUCCAUCUCAAUUGUUGGGUCUUCAUAGUUUGGAGGUAGUGGAUUUGUCUCACAAUAAGAUAACAGAGAUACCUAAAGGAAUGUCGGAGUUGUAUGCAGCAGAGCUGAAUCUGAGUCAGAAUGAAAUAUCAAUAAUUAGUGAUGACAUGCAUCUCGCUCCUAGACUAAAGAUAUUGAGGCUUGAAGAGAAUUGUUUGAGUAUAGAAGCGAUCAGGCCUAGUUUGCUGAGAGAUUCUAAAAUGCAUACCAUCAAUUUAGAUGGUAAUUUGUUUGAACAAAAACAGCUGGUGUCUAUUGAAGGAUACAAUGAAUACACUGAGAGAUACACUGCAAUGAAAAAGAAAAUGUUUUGAGAAUAUUACAUGUUUAUCAAAUUUUUUACUAAGGGUAUCAGUCAACACUAAAGAUUAAUAUUUUAAUGUGUAUAAGGACACUUAUCUUGUAAUAAAUUACUAUACACCAAAUCUAAUUUAUUUGUGUUAUUUGUUUGUAAUAAUGUGCUUAUGUCAUAAUAUAAUAUAUUUAAAUAUAA